CUUUAUCUGGCACCGCAGCUAUUUUUUCCUCAUAAUACCCAUUUGCAAAUCUCUUGAAGGUGCAUUUGUACUCAUCUUUUGAAAGAAGAAGAAUUUUGCACAAAUAAAAUAGAAUUGUCUGCAAUGUUUGCUUCAUCUUGUGAGGCCAUCUACAGUGACUGACAAAGGUCCUGACCACAAAACCAGAAAGAAGUCACUUCUCUCUCUUCUGUUUCUCUCUUGUUCUCCCUCUCUCCACUCUCAGCUCUGUUUUGUUAAAGGCAGUCCAGUUUGAAGAAGUCAUUUUCAGCUCUGCUACAGGGAAUUUCCAGAGCACAACCGUCACCCAGUUCCAACCCAAGAUGAAGACCAAGUACUGCCCCCUCAUCCAGGUUAUGAUAAAUAUCUCACACAAUUACACACACAUUGACUACACAUCGGUGUCCCUGCACGGGAUCAUCGCAGUAUUCGGGAUCCUGGAGAACUUGCUCAUCCUGUGGGUCAUCGGCUUCCGAGUACGCCGGACGGUGGUCAGCGUCUGGAUCCUCAAUCUCGCCGCUUCUGAUUUCCUGGCCUCCCUCUCGCUACCCUUCUUCGCCUACUUCCUGGCCAAAGGACACACCUGGACCCUGGGGAACACCUUCUGCAAGAUCCACUCCUCCAUGUUCUUCCUCAACAUGUUUGUCAGCGGGUUACUUCUGGCCACCGUCAGUGUAGAUCGCUGCCUGGUAGUGCUUUAUCCAGUCUGGUCCCAAAACCACCGCGAUGUCCGUCUGGCAACCCGGGUCUGCCUGGGAAUCUGGGUCUUGGCUAUCAUCAACACUAUCCCCUUCUACAUCUUCAGAGACACCAUUGAGCGUGUUGAUGGCGGUAUAAUGUGUUACUACAACUACGCUCUUUACAGCUCCCCGGAUGAUGAUAUUGAGUCCCUUUGCGCAGUGAGGCAGGACUUUCUGGCUGCCAGCAAGUUCAUUUUGUCCUUCCUCAUCCCACUGCUGGUGAUCAUAAGCAGCUACACAGCCGUGAGCCUCCGGAUCAAGAGACGCAACAAGCGCCGUUCCAACCGCUUCUUCAAGCUGAUCGCGGCGGUCAUUGUCACGUUCAUCCUCUGCUGGAUUCCCUACCACAUCUUCAGCCUUCUCGAAGUGACUUCACGAAACCAGCCUAAUCUGAAAGUCAUAGUUGGGAAAUAUCUCCCCCUGGUGGCCAGCCUGACUUUCAUCAACUGCGUGAUUAACCCUUUCCUCUACGUGUUCAGCUGCCCCGAUUUUACCGCCAAGAUCCGCCAGUCACUGACCGUGGUUAUGGAGAGCGUUCUGGUGGAAGAUGUUGACCUUAAUCGCAGGCGUAGCACCACGCGCUCUUCAGCCAGCACCAGCGAGUUUCUGACUCAGGGGUAUAAGUUCCGCUGGCACCGGGAAAAGCGUGGAAGCUGUGGGGAAGGCAAAGAAGAUGAGGAACAUCCAGCAGUGUUUUAAAAGACUGGAUUUCAAGGGCUGAGGGGAUGAAUAUUGCGCAGUGGAGAUCACAAUAAGUUUAGAUGAGCGCAAACACUGUGAUUUGCAACCCUUGUCCUCAAAUACCCUUAUAAAGGUUUCCCAUAGUAAACACAUAGCAAAGUGUAAAAGCAUAGCGAAAACACGGUAAAGUAUAAGCAAGCAGGUAAUUAGACAGGUAUGGUAAAAUACAUUAGCAAUAGCAAACCAUGGUAAGCUAUGGUAAAUGCUUAGUAAAACCAUGAGGAAAGCAUGGCAAAAUUGUAUUGCAGUUUGGUGAUUCAAUAUCCAGAGAAAUCACUGUAGCUACACAGAGCUUAAAGUCUUGGAGUCCUGCAGUGCUGUCUUAUGUGCACUAGAAAACAAUGCAUGUUUAAAACACAUUUUGGAAAUAAAAACCUGGACGGUUGGGGGAACGCUGUUAAAAAUGAAGGGUUUAAACAAGUAAAUGGUUCUUAAGACAAGCUAUUUUUUUAUUCAUGUGUAAUUACUGGAUAUAGUUUUUUCUAUGUUUUUUUAAAGGGGAUAAAAUAACCAAGGCUUUAUUCGCAAGACUGUUGUGCUGGUCACUUCAUUUCAGUUCCUAGUUGAAGCCCAUUUGCCUUUCCAAAACACAGUUCAUUUCCUCCCUGUGUUACAGGUAACAGGACCCCACCUGAGCCACACGUUUUAAUUCUGUGCUGCCCACAGGAACCUAUAUGGAGACAGAUAAUAAGGGCCGGAAUUAAGUUUAAUGGGGGUCCAGGGGCUGUUAUUGUUUUGGGAGUCCCUCUUUGUAUAUUAAUUUGCUUCCCUUUACUGUUUUACUACCACCACGCUCAAUUAACUUUAAUGUCAAAUUAUUCAGUCUUAGCUGAUCCACAUUUGACUCAAUUCGAUGUUUGAAUUAGCGCCAGUUUUGAAAAUGAGCAAUGGCCACAGUGCUAGUUACUGGCAGUUUGAAAUACAAAAUGGGAAGUGCAAACUGCAGACUCUUUUGUCGUAAAGCCAAGUUAUCUGGAAAUGUGUCGUCCUUAUCUCUUACGAAUAUGUACGUGUAUAAUAGGUUUAAAUAUAUAAGCAGUCAAAAAAUGUUUAGCAAAUAAUACAGGAUAGUACACAGCGCUUUCUUAUGGAAUGUUGUUUUUUUGUUGUUAUUUGUGUAAAGCUACAGUUUGUCUGUUUUUUUGUUUUGUUUUGUUUUGUUUUUUGGGGGACAAAUGAGGCAGGCUGUGUUUUAAGACAACCUAAAAACUUCAUGGGAACCCGGUUUAAGAAAGCGGUACAUGGAGACUGCCCCACUGUAAUCCAUAUAAACCUAGGUUGUUUCCUCAUGUUGAUUUCUCUCCAAUGUAUUUUCCGAAGUACUGGUACCUUCGCAUAUAUUAGUUGGUAUUGUAUUAAAACAGCGUGUCGUCGUUGGUGUUUUAUUCUAAAAUAUCUUAAUCUUGAUGGCACUACUUGUUGUGUUUCACGUGGCACGUGACUUGAUCGCAGGUCAAGUCAUAUGAUCAGGCAGUCUCUGCUCCUCUAUCGCAAUACGACGUGCUUAAACAGACGUGGUGCUCCGAUCCAUACAGCCACACGCUAAUAUAUAUAUGGGAGGCUGUUUGGUCCAGUGGUUAAAGAAAAGGGCUUGUAACCAGGAGGUCCCCGGUUCAAAUCCCACCUCAGCCACUGACUCAUUGUGUGACCCUGAGCAAGUCACUUAACCUCCUUGUGCUCCGUCUUUCGGGUGAGACGUAAUUGUAAGUGACUCUGCAGCUGAUGCAUAGUUCACACACCCUAGUCUCUGUAAGUCGCCUUGGAUAAAGGCGUCUGCUAAAUAAUAAAAAAAUAAAUAAAUAAAUAAAUAAAUAAAUAUAUAUAAUAGGCAGAUAAUUCUCUCUCUCUCUCUCUCUCUAAAUAUAAAUUCUGCCUAUUAUCUGUAACACAGGAAGGAAAUCUAGCACUGCUAAGGCCUUAUUUCCAUAAAGACCAAAGAAGGUACUCGAUGGCUCUAAUAAUCAGUGAGCGAGGAAAGACUUAAACCUCAGGGGACGAAAGGACGGGAGUCAUCUUUAGUCAAAAAUUGAUUAUUUUUGCGUUACCCAUCGUGUUUUUGUGUUUAUACGACACGCAAUUAGCCAUUUACUUAUAAUGAUACAAUCACCCACUUUAGACCGCCAGCGAAGAGCCAUGGGCGAAAAACGGGCAAUAAGCGAGGGUGGUAGUGAGGGUCAAAAAAAACAAAACAAAAACACACACACGCACACACACACACACACACAACCUUAUAUGUUUGCAAUAAAUUCAAACGUUUUAUUUUUUUUAGUUAUACAAUUCCAGUAUCUCCAGGCCAUUUAAAUAAAAUAUUAAAAAAAAAAAAAAAAAAAA